AUGGCUCAAGGUGCAAUAAAAAAGACCAAGGCUGCUCCGGCUAAAAAACCGACGACCCUGGGCCCAAAGCGAGGCGCAAAGACAAUCGCACCCAAGAAAGCGAAACUCAUAAAACAGCAGAAAAUGGUCAAGAAAUUAACUUCUGGUCUGACCGGGAAGACUGAGCGAAUGCUGGCUGAAAAGGCCGGGCAUCUAGAGCUGUUGAAGGGAACGAGGAAGGAUAAGAAGACUGAUAAACAAGCGGCGAAGAAAUGA